ACUCCUAUCUUCCGUAGAAGCAAAUCAAUACACGAACUUGGACAUAACCUAAUUAUGUUUUUCUUCAACACUGUUUAGACCUUAGCCCUGUUAUUAAAAAAUAAAAGCGUCACAGGCUUGUCAGCGUCAGGCCAAUGUGCCCCAUUUCCAUUGAUCCACCGUUUUCUUUGGCCAACCCUAAUAUAGACUCUCUCGCAAUUUCAGCCAUCUGUAUAUCAUCAUUACAUUACAUGUUUAAUUGAGGGGUUUAAUGGGUUUUUUUUAUUGGCUUAAUUUAGGUCAUUUUUUUUUUCAACAAAGGUUGUAAAUUUAUGUGGUGACGCAGCUACGUGCACGAUCCAAGGCGUCAAUGGGUAAAAAUUUGUUUGGUGCGAAAUUUGUUUGGUUCUGAACUAACCUUCCUAGCAUUUUCUAGCUCUACCUACCAUUCGUGAUUCUUAGUUAGCAUUGCAAAACCUGUAUUCUUAUACAGUGUUUUCUUAAGUAUCAUUGUUCUGAUUUGCCUUCAAGUUGAUUGACGAUUAGCUCAAUAUCAGAUUCUCCUUUUAUUUUAUAUUCUGCCCACUUUAUCCACUGCCGCACCUGCUGUCACAUUUGGUGUGGAUCGUCUAGUGGAUGAUGACGCCAAGGCUUUCUUAGGGAUCGACGAAAAAAUACACACACACACAUAUACAUAUGCAUGCUUGACUAGGAUUUCAUAACCUGUUCUGGGGUGCUUUGGUGUGGUUUCUGCAUCACCAACCACAAGAGCCAUGGCAGGUCUCAAUGUGCCUAUUUUCCUUCUUGUCAUCAUUAGCUUUGGUUUGUGGGUGCUUUAUGCAUCUGCAGAACUUCAGAGAUAUGCACACCCCUCAAAAACUGAUGAAUCCCUGAGCUUCUUGGUUAUUGGUGAUUGGGGAAGAAGAGGAGCUUACAAUCAAUCCGAAGUUGCUUUCCAGAUGGGGAAGGUUGGAGAGAAGCUUGACAUAGACUUUGUAAUAUCUACUGGAGACAAUUUCUAUGACAAUGGACUCACUGGCCAACAUGACACUGCGUUUGAAGAAUCAUUCACUAAUAUUUACACAGCAAAAAGCCUGCAAAAGCAGUGGUACAGUGUGUUAGGAAACCAUGACUACAGGGGUGAUGUAUUGGCCCAAUUGGGCCCUGUCCUUAGAAAGCUUGAUAGCAGAUGGCUUUGCUUAAGGUCUUUUAUUGUAGAUUCAGAGCUGGCUGAGAUUUUGUUUGUAGACACUAGUCCUUUUGUUGAGGAAUACUUCUCUGAUCCAGGUGAACAUAGAUAUGAUUGGAGAGGAAUUCUCCCAAGAAAAUCUUAUGUUAACAACUUGCUUAAGGAUGUGGAAUCGGUACUGAGAGAAUCGAGAGCAAAGUGGAAAAUAGUUGUAGGUCACCAUGCAAUUAGAAGCGUUGGUCAUCAUGGUGAUACAAAAGAACUUAUAAAGUUGCUUCUCCCAAUUCUUCAGGCUAAUAAAGUUGACUUCUACAUGAAUGGGCAUGACCACCGUCUUGAACACAUAAGUGACACACACAGCCCCAUACAGUUCCUGACUAGCGGAGCUGGGUCAAAGGCUUGGAGGGGAGACGUCAAAAAAGUAAAGGGAGGAGGACUAAAUUUCUUCUAUGAUGGACAAGGUUUCAUGUCGGUGAAAUUGACUCAGACAGAUGCAAACAUUGAGUUCUAUGAUGUUUCUGGCAAAGUGUUGCAUAGAUUAACUACGUCAAAGCAGCUAUAUUCAUCCAUGUAAAAUUUUUUAUGGCUUUGGUCGUAAGUUUAGAAAUCCACAAGGUUGUUGGAAUCUGUAAUAGAUGGUUUCUUAAUUCUCAAUCCUGUUUUCCAUGCUUAAUCAUAGCGCAUAUCCAUUCCUCAGUAAGAGAUUCUGAAUGCAGGAGUUGAAAUUUCAUAACUGAAAGUACUCGUCUUCUUCAGUGUU